CCAUUCAGUUCAUCUGUUUUGAAAUACACGUGAUCCCCAGCACUGGGGCAUGGUGGUGUGCUGGUCGGAGGAGUUGUUGGUAUUUCAUAGUCUCCCAGUGUGGCAGCAGAGUUUGGAAUCAGGUCCUUUGGCCAGUUUCCUGCAGGCCUCUCCUUGGAUAGGGCAGGACAGCCCCCUCUGGGCUCUUGCGUGAAUGGCUUCGGCCAGAGUGACCCUAAUGGCUUUAACCACGCUGGGUUUGAGGAAACACUUCCUGAUGACAGCAGGAUCAAGCGCGUCACAGAACUUCAAUCCCAGGUAGCCAAACUCUGCACACGGCCCUGGUGAGAAGUGGGCAGUGGUGUGUAACAUCUGUGAGGCCAGGGAAUUGGAUGUGGUGCUCAGAGAAUUUUAUCCAGUGCUUCUACCGCUUCUUGCGUGCUUUCCUGGAGAGGCAUGAAACAUCUGUUCACCUUCCAGACAGCAAAGGAACAAUCCACCCAAAUCAGCCUGGUAAGCAGUGAGCCUUCUGGGGUGACUUAAAGGGGUCUCCGGCGACGUCAGUGAAAGACGCACUGCAGCUUGCAGGCACCUCCACUGAAAAGUCCCGUAUUCCCCGCCCCCCGCCCCCGUUAAGUCUUAGGUAGCCCAGGCUUAUUUUGAGCCCUUUGGUCUUCGUCUCCCUGGUUCUGGGUUCGCAGGUGUGUGACUUCACACCCGGCCCAUCCUCUAGCUUUUUAAUUAAUUACCCUGCUUUUAGGAGCUCAGGAAUGGCUUCCUGACACUGCAGGGUCGCUUUUCCCCCUUGAGUUUAAUGAGCAUGCCCCCCUUUCUACCAGCCUGGUGCCCCAACCUGGGGAAAGUAACUGCAAACCCUACUUUGUUUCAUCUUGUCCAACUCUAGGAAAGUCAGAAUUGCCAGUGUUGGGGACAGCUCUCGCUAAGGAGAAAGCUAGAGGGUGAGUCGCUAGCCUACCAGCCGGACUCUCCUCUCUCUCCCCUGUUUCUCUUUCUCCCGUGCUCGCUCUUCCUCUUAGACCUGGCACCAGUAGCUGUUGUCAUAGAGACGGAGCUUGGUUGGCAACCGUCACUAGGGAGCGAGGACAGGAGACGCUGGCAGCCGCUUAGGAUUCCCGGAGGCAGGACGACCCGGGCUUUUGGCGAACAAAGUUGGGAAACGUCCCUGAAGGACCCUGAGCGGCUGCUUCCGCGUAUUUCAGUAUGUUAGCACACGAGGAAGCUCAAGUGGGAAGCAGAGGGGCCUGCUAAAGCUACCUCAGAGUUUCUCCAGUGGAAACUACAGAAGAAUGUCAGAUUCAGAAAAAGAAGAGGAGAAAUACAAUCCAAGUUAUAAAGAGGGAGAUGUGCAACAGGAGCUGGCGGACAAUCUGUCAUGGGAGGGGUUUCAGGAGGAGGAAGAGGGGCUGGAAAGGAGAUGGAUAGAGGAGGAGGAACAGAUAGAGGGAGGUGAGGAAGAAAGAGAAGAUCAAAAGAAAGGGGAAGAAGAGAAAGAAAUGGGAGAAGAAGAGAUGAGAAGUGAGGAAGAAAUAGGAGAAGAGAUGGGAGGUGAGGAAGAAAUGACAGAAGAAGAGAUGGGAGGUGAGGAAGAAAUGACAGAAGAAGAGAUGGGAGGUGAGGAAGAAAUGACAGAAGAAGAGAUGGGAGGUGAGGAAUCGGGGGUGAGAGGUGAGGAAGAGAGCUGGGAGGAAGAAGGGAGACAUGAAGAGGAAAAAGGUGAGGAAAAGGGAGUUGAGAAAGAGGGAAGUAAGGAAGAGGGAGUUGGGGAAGAGGAAGAGAAGAAGGAAAGACAGGGAAAAAAAGAGCAGAAAGAGCAAAGUGGGGAGCAGGAGGAAGAGGAGGAGGAAGUUAUUGACAUAAAAGAUAUUGAGAAAGAGCUUGGAAAACUCCAGGAGGAAAUGUCAAAGAGGCAUGAAAAGCCAUUGAGCGUGGUGGCGGAUGUCAUGAGCUCUGAGUCAUCCGCAUCAGGGUUUUCACCGCGUGAACUCUCAGACAGUAGCCAGUCAUCACCCCACUCCGCAAGUCCUCAAGUGAGUGAGCUUUUCAGAGAUGGUAGAAUUAAGAGAGAGUCUGAAGUGAGUGAGCUUUUCAGAGAUGGUACAGUUAAGAGAGAGUUUGAGGAGUCACAGAGGAGGUCACUGAGGCAAGCUGAGGACGCUGACCAGAAGCCAGAAGACAUUUCAGCCCAAGAACAGAGGGACGCAGAACCAAAACAGGAAGAUGUUUUCAAAAUGGCAAAAUUUGGGCGACCUUCCAUCCUUCUGGCAGAGGAAGCAAGAAGAAAAUCUCGCUUGGAAUCAGAGAGCUCUGAGGAGUCACUGGUGUCCAUCUCCACAGAGGACGCCUUGUUCCAGAAGGAAGAGGGUAGCAAGGUGUACCCUCUGUCUAUGACCUGGUCCUAUGGAUGGAACAAUUCCCUCCCUGUCUUCUACCUCCGGGAGAACCAGAGAGUCCUUCUCUACGUCUGUGGUAACACCGCCGUCAUCUACAGCUGGGUCAGGAACUGCCAGUACCACCUUCAGGGCCACCCUAACAUCAUCUCCUGUCUCUGUGUCAGCGAGGACAGGCGGUGGAUUGCCACAGCAGACAAAGGACCAGACUGCCUCAUCAUGAUAUGGGAUUCCUUCACAGGAAUCCCCGUGCACACCUUAUUUGACAGCUGUCCAGAAGGCAAUGGCAUAAGGUCAAUAGCCAUCACCCGUGAUGCCAAGCUUCUGGCCACCAUCUCAGAUGCUGAAAUACAGAAAGUGUGCAUCUGGAAGUGGACCUUGGCGGUGGAGACUCCUGCUUGCACUCUUGAGCUCCCCAAAGAAUAUGGCUUCCAGACCUACCUCAUCUUCAACCCAGAGAACAAUAACGAAAUGGUGAGCAACAGCAAGACGCAGGCCAUCUAUUAUUACUGGCUUGAAGAGAAGGGCAUCCUUGCCCACAGUGCCCCGAUUUUAACAGAGAAAACAUUCAACAAACUCGUGGGAAAGUUUAGCCAGUCCAUCUUUCACUCGAAUUUGCCCCAAAUACUGUCGGCAACGAAGGAAGGGAAGCUGGUUGUCUGGGACAUCCACCACCCGCCGGCGUCGUCCUCCACCCUGGCCUUGCCUUUCAUCAAGCCGUGUAAACUGGUCCACUUACAGAAGGAGGGCAUCACCGUGCUCACCUCGGUCGACAGCUACAUCGUCAUAGGUGACGUCAAGGGCAACAUUAAGUUCUACGAUUUCAACCUGUCCGUGGUCAACUGGUACAGCAACCUCAAACUGGGCCCUAUCAGGAUUCUGUCCUUCUCAAAGACCCCGGCGGGCCCACCCACAGAGAAGUCCAUCCUCCCCACAGACUGCACUCUAAAAGGCGACCCGUUCAUUGUCAGGAACAUUAUCAUUGGGACACUUGAUGCCACUGUGUACCACUUGACAGCAGACGGCACCAAACUCGAGAAGCUCUUCGUGGAGCCCAAGGAUGCCAUUUAUGCCCUGUCCUGCCACCCAUACCAACCCCUCAUCGCCAUUGGGAGUGUCUGUGGGAUGAUCAAGGUGUGGGACUACAAAAAGAAGGUCUACCUGUUCAGCAGGGUCUUCGAGAAGGGGCUUGGAGUCCAGAGCCUGGCCUACAACCCGGAAGGAGUUCUGCUUGGAGCUGGAUUCACUGAAGGGACAGUAUAUAUUCUUGAUGCGAUGUCUUUAGAAAAUGAAAGCCCAGAACCCUUCAAAUAUUCCAGAACCAGCGUGACCCAUGUCAGCUUCUCACAUGACUCCAACUACAUGGCGACUGCAGACAUCAGUUUCACCGUGGCCGUGUAUAUAGUGGUGGUCAAAAAUGGACAGAGGAUCUGGGAAUAUUUGGCAAGACUUCGUUCUCACCAAUGCAACAUCCGAAGCCUCCUGUUUGGGGUUCACCUGGACAGCAACGAUCCCAGGCUGCUGAGCCUCGGGAAGGACAGGUUCUUGAUAGAGUACAACCUCACCAAGAGCUACAGAGACCACCUGGAGGUCCUGGACAUUCACCGAACAGACCAGGGCAGCUACCCCACCUGCAUGAUCUGGUACCCCCCGCUCACCAAGGAGCUCUUCCUGCUCAUCUGCAACAGCGGCUACAAAGUGAAGCUUUUCAACUCCACCACGAAAAUGUGCAGAAAGACGCUUCUUGGACCAGCUUAUGGAUCUCCUAUUGAGUACGCGCAGGUGCUCCCAGCAAAAUCCACGCUUGAGCUGCAGAAGCGCUACUUGGUGUUCAUUAACAAAGACAAGGUUGGACUCCAGAUCUUGCCAAUCGACGGUAACCCGCACAAAACAUGUGCUAUCAUUUGCCAUCCGAAUGGGGUGGCAGGGAUGGCCCUUUCCUACGAUGGCACCUAUGCCUUCACAGCAGGAGGCCGAGAUUCCUCAGUGGUGCAGUGGCAAAUCAACCUGAGUGCCCUGGACGCGGCCGUUUCUCUUGGCGGUGAAGACUUGACCCCGUUCUAUGGUCUGGUGUCUGGUGGCAGGGAAGGAAAAUUCUACAGGGAGCUGGAGGACUAUUUUUACUAUUCUCAGAUCCGCAGUCAGGGCAUCGACACGAUGGAUACCAGGCAGGUGUCGGAGCACAUCAGUCUGUCGGAGCUACCUUUCGUUAUGAGAGCGAUUGGUUUUUACCCGUCGGAGGAGAAGAUUGAUGACAUGCUUAAUGAGAUCAAGUUUAGCGAAUAUGUGACCACUGGGAACCUGAUCGACAAAAUCAACUUGCCGGAUUUCCUCAAAGUUUAUCUUAACCACAGGCCGCCGUUUGGCACCAGCAUGAUGAACAUUCAGGAAAGCUUUGACGUGCUUGGUUUCACCAAUUCCGAGGGGAAAAAGGCCAUUCGGAGAGAGGACUUCCUGAACCUGCUCCUCACCAAAGGUGAGCACAUGACAGAGGAAGAGAUGUAUGACUGUUUCGCGACACUCUUUGGCCUGAAUCCCGAGGGAUGGAAAUCGGAGCCUGCAGCCACCUCCCACAGAGAACAAGAACUCUGCCUCGAAGAAGAACUUCCAGACGAAAUCACUGCAGAAAUAUUCGCGACUGAAAUUCUUGGCUUAUCCUUUAACGACGGUUCUGGACAGUUUGCCCAGUGAAGUCCUGGAGAAGGCUGGCAGCACAAAGCUCUGUGUGUGUGCGUGUGUAUGUGUGUGUGUAUGCUUGCGAGUUUGCCAAGAGGUGUUCCUCUUUUCUGCCCAUGCCCACCCCACCCCCCAAUCCUCAGAGCAUUUAGACAUUAAAAGUAAACUUCACACA